AUGGUGGCUUUGGUUUCCGAGGAGGAAGCAGACGCCAAGAGAAACAUGGAGGAGAAGCUGUUGCAUCUUGGAGCAAGCGUUGGAGGACUUGGAAUGGCAGAUCUGGCGAGCCGAAAUUCUCUUGAUUGUGAGCUCGAGAUGCUGACUCUACAGCAGUUGCCGCUUUGGAUGGUCCCGCACCUUACUUCAUUUGUGGGAAGAGUGAAGGGAGCUAUCCCAUAUAUUCUUGGGUUUACAAUCCAAGUGCUCAUCGGGUGCAACUCUAUCAUGAUCAAGAGCGCAUUCAGAGCUGAUAUGAAGUUUACUGUGUUUUUAUGUUAUAAAAACACAGUAGCUUUGUGUGCUCUACUUAUAGCGGCACUCUACAGCAGACAGAGACCUCCUGUUCCCAAGGGUCGUCUCUUAGCUUGGAUCAUGUGCUUGGCCGUAUUCGAGCCAUUUUUGGGGCAACUUGCUGUGUUUGCUGGACUACGGUUCACGCCGGCCAGUUUCUCUAGUUGUAUUAUCGCAGUUGGCCCGGCCUUGACAUUCAUAGUCUCGUGGUAUCACGGGUUGGAGACGGUCCACAUCCAUGAGAGACCUAGUCAAGCAAAAUUGCUGGGGGUGUUGAUGGUGAUUGGUGGAGCCAUAGUUGUGAGUCUGAUUGAUGGCCCCACCAUUACCAUUGCGCAUGCCUCCACUAGCAGUGGCCACCCUUACAAGCUAUCUAAUAAUUGGGUGAGAGGUCCACUGUUAGUCGGGAUUUCAGUUAUUCUUUCGGUUUGCUACAACUUGUUGAUGCAAGAGACUACUACGAAGUACCCUGACUUCCCAUUAGUUUGGCUUAAUGCAUACGUUGUCGCCAUUGGAGCGCUGAUGGACACUAUAGUGGCCGUCGCGCUUACUGGGAGGACUACAUAUGCAUGGAUGCUGGGUUUGAACGUGAAGCUGGCAUGCUACCUAUACUCGGGUGUGGUGGUUUCUGCAUUCACGGCAUGGCUACAGAGCCGGGUGAUCCGGAUGAGAGACGCGGUCUUUUUGACCUCCUUUAGUCCCCUAGCCACCGUUGUUGUAAUGGUAAUAGGGUUUACAAUACUAAAGGAAGAACUUGACAGUGGGAGCAUUGCUGGAGGUGGUGUUAUAGUGAUAGGCCUUUUCGUUUUCCAUUGGGGCAGGAGGCAGCCAGCACCCGACGCGUAG